AUGCAAUUGGAAAACAAUUCUACGACAUCGAAUGAAUAUACAUUUGAAAUACCAGAACAUUUAUUCAAUAAUCUUGAAUCUCAGAUUCAUAUUCAACGUGACGCAACAAGGCAAGAAUCAUCACAACUUGUUGUAGUAAAUGAUGCAUUACAAGAGGAAGGCAUAGAAGUUCAGAUCCAACGUGAUGCAACAAGCCAAGAAACAUCACCAGAAUUUGUAGUAGAUGAUCAAUUACAAGAAGCAAUUCGAAGCAUUGGUGGGAUUAAAAAAAAUGAGAAUUAUCGCUAUUUUGCUAAACAAUAA